CAGACAUCCCUCAGGCUGAGGGCGGGAAAAAGGAAGAGGCUGUCCCCCUUUUCUCUCCAAUUUCUCCUCUCUGCAUCCUUUACCGGCUUUUUUCCCCCUUUGAGGGAGGAACUUGGAAACCCUUUCCUCAGCCCCCCUUUUUCCUGCCAAAAUCGGCGCCUGACUCUUCUGUUUCUUCUUUCCCGCCAUGAAGCCCUGGCUCCUGCUCUGCCUCCUUCUGCUGCAGCAAACGCUGCAAAAUGCUCUUGGUCAGCCUGCAAAGAACAAGCGCCCUAAGGAACCAGGAGAUAACAGAAUUAAACCUGCUAACAAAAAAGGGAAACCCAAAAUUCCCAAGUUAAAGGAGAGAGAUUCCACAGACAUUUCCCCAAAGAUUCAUUCUAUAAUGACACAAGUGAUGGACAAAGGCCGCUUUCAGAAGCCUGCUGCUACUAUGAGCCUCUCUGCAGGUCAGAGUGUGGAACUGCGGUGUAAAGGAAAUAAAAUUGGAUGGAGCUAUCCGUCUUAUCAUGACUCGUUUAAAGACUCCAGACUCAGCAUCAGGCAACAUGACAGAUAUGGUCAGCUGACCCUAGGAAAUUCUACCGCAGCCGACACUGGUGAAUACAGUUGCUGGCUCCUGGUCUGCAAUGGGUACAGUUGCAAGAAGGAUGAAUCAAAAACAGGUUCAACUUACAUAUUUUUUUCAGAUAUAGGGGAGCUUUUUGUUCCAUCUCCCAGUUAUUUCGAAGUUGUCUACCUCAACCCAGAUAGACCUGCAGUGAUUCCUUGCCGUGUGACCAGCCCAACAGCAAAAGUUACUUUGCAUCAAGAGUUUCCAGCUGAAGAAAUUAAAGUGGAUGGAACCAAUAUAAUCUAUGACAUGAAGAAGGGCUUCGUCUAUCAGCACCCAACCUCUGAUCAGAAAGGAGUUGUUUACUGCAGAGCUGAAUCACGGGGAGCUCCUCAGAUUUCCAUUAAGUACCAGUUGCUUUAUGUUGAAGUUCCCAGUGGCCCGCCUUCAGCUACAAUUAAGGCAUCAUCCAAUAAUGCAGAAGGUGGAGAUGAUGUUAGCGUUUUGUGCACCGUGUUGGGAGACCCAGAGGUAGAAGUGGAGUUUAACUGGAUAUAUCCAGGGCAAGAGGAUUUCGGAUUGGUCGUCAACCGAGAAAAGUAAUCUCUCCAACCAUCUCAAUCUGUCCAUUUCAUUGGAGCUAUUAUCGACUCCACAAAGCAGAAAGCCUUCUUACCAGACGACCGCUUCGAAGUGCUGCGAAGAACAGUCGCCAAGGUCCUUGCUUCAUGGGACAUCUGCACCAACCUCAUACAAUCACUACUAGGACACAUGGCAUCGACAACAUCAGUCACACCUUUCGCCAGACUAAGGAUGCGCCCCCUGCAGUCGUGGUUUAUCAGAGUAUUCGAUGCCCUUCACGACUGCCCAAACACCAGACUGUCCAGGCCAGACCCAGUCCGCGAGACGUUACACUGGUGGAUGUCUCGACACAAUGUCCAGAAGGGGAUGCCAUUCCGUUACCCACGUCCAUCAACGACUCUCACCACAGACUCCUCUCGCCUUGGAUGGGGCGCUCAUGUAUAAAACCUCACCAGAACAGCGACACCACAUAAACUACCUGGAGAUGCUUGCCGUCCAAAAAGCCCUCAGAGCUUUCGAACAACGCCUGUCGGGUCAGGUAGUCCACAUCUUAACAUACAACACCGUGACCAAGUUCUAUCUCAACAAGCAAGGAGGGACUCGGUCCCGAAGCCUCCUUCACCUCACACUCCAAAUCUGAUAUUGGUGCAUCAAGCGGGGGAUCUACUUGACUGCACUAUAUCUCCCAGGGAAAGAAAACUUGCUGGCAGGAGCCCCAACUCUUGUCACAAAUGGAGAGUGCAUCCUCAGGCGUUAGUUACGCCUUUUGCGACAUGGGGAACUCCGGUGAUAGACCUAUUUGCCACACCGGAGAAUACCCAACGCACCCUGUUUUGUGCCCGGCUCCCCCCAGACCCAACAAUGGGGUGCCUGGGGGACACCUUUCUGUACACCUGGUCCCCGGGACUUCUGUAUGCGUUCCUCCCGAUACCACUGAUAACUCAGACCUUAACCAAACUUCUAGAGAACAACUCAGACUGUAUACUAAUAACCCCCUGGUGGCCGCGUUAUUCCUGGUUCGGCCCUCUCCUCAAGGUGUCUUGGAGAGAAUUUCGCCAGUUACACUUCCAACCAGAUAUCCUCACAACGCAGAACGGAGAAGUUCGACACCCGGACGCAAGGUCCCUCCGACUCACGGCAUGGAGGAUACGAUCGCAACUAGUCUGUUGGACCCAGUAAGGGCUGUCAUUGAGGCAGCACAUAAAGCCUCGACUAAGGCAUCCUACAACUCUAAAUGGUGGUGCUUCUGCUCCUUUGCAAAACUCGCUCGUGUCGACCCUGCUUCGGCCCCCACCAGGGUAAUUUUUGAUUUCCUUCUGUCUUUCUCUCGGAGAAGCCUUUCCAUAUCAUCUAUUAAAUGUUACUUGGCAGCCCUUUCGUGGUUCCGUCGCAAGGCCAGGCAACCAUCUUGUUUUGCUGACCCUUUUUCUAAAAGGUUAUAAUAACUUGUACCCGCCAGUUAAACCACCACCGCCUGUCUGGAGUUUAGAACUCGUUUUAUCCCAACUAUCCAAAUCUCCCUUUGAGCCCAUGGCAACAACCUCCUUACAACAUCUGUCCUGGAAAACAGCCUUUCUACUGGCGAUUACAACUGCGAGACGAGCCAGCGAACUUUGUGCCUUGCGAGCUGAUGAGCUUUACCUUCGGUUUCACAGAGAUAAGGCUGUCCUUCGGACAGAUAUUGCUUUCUUGCCAAAGGUCGUUUCCCAAUUUCAUCUGUCACAGGGCUUAAUACUUCCAGCUUUUUUCCAGAACCCUUCUACCCCACUAGAACGCUCUCUCCAUGCUCUAGAUGCCAGGAGAGCCCUCGCUAGAACUCGUCCAUUCAGGAAAUUGCCCCGACUCUUCCUUAAAUACAGGGAGGACUCCCUGGGUCUCCUGGUGACACCACAGCGGGUAUCUAAAUUGAUUGUUGCCACGAUACACCUUGCAUACCAGCUUGCUGGUCGAGAUCUACCGAUGGAUGUCAAAACUCAUUCCACGAGAGCAGUUGCCACGUUGCGGGCAUUCAUGAAAGGAGUAUCCCAGGAUGAGAUCUGCCGUGCAGCGACCUGGGCCACACCAUUGACCUUUACAUCUCACUAUAAAGUGGAUGUCCUGUCAAGGAAAGAUGUCGCCUUCGGCAGAGCGGUGCUGUCUUCCUGCCUGCCAUGACGCCCACCUUUCCAGGUUAGUAGCUUGCUAGUCACCCAUAUGUGUGCAUUUCACAGUGACCACAAAGAAGGAAGAAUGGGUUGCUUACCUGUAACCAUGUUUCUUCGAGUGGUCACCUGUGAAAUCCACACAUCCCCGCCCUUCCUCCCCACAGCACGUCAUGCCUCAGUUUUCUCAACUGCCCUCUUGCAGCUGAGGAACUGGGAUGUUGGCUCCUCCUACCGGCUAUUUGUACUACAAAGGGAGAUUGGGCGGGGCCUCUGCCAAAAUGUUUCUUUGAAAAGCUUCUAGAGAAUUCUGACACUGACUGCGCAAACGCAGGAAAACCCAUACGUGUGGAUUUCACAGGUGCCCACUCGAAAAAACAUGGUUACAGGUAAGCAACCCAUUCUUCUGCAUGGUUAUCCCAUCCUGCCAGCAGGAAGCACAGAGUCCCACUGCUUCAGCACUGGAGUUUUGGGAGAUGGCAGCUUGGCAUUGCCUUCCUCUUUUGUUGUCUUUAAGGAAAGAUAUCAUGCUAGGGAUAAGCAACUGCUGGAGGCUAGGGAGCUACAUUACCCCCUUCCUGGAAUUUUGCAAGGUUUCAUCCUACCUCAUAUGAAAGCCAACAGUUUGACUCCCAGAUUUUUAACUCAAUUUAGUCCUUCACCUUCUACAUCCAUGGUUCUCAACCUGGGGUCCCCAGAUGUUUUUGGCCUUCAACUCCCAGAAAUCCUAACAGUUGGUCAAUUGACUGGGAUUUCUGGGAGUUGUAGGACAAAAACAUCUGGGGACCCCAGGUUGAGAACCACUGUUCUACAUCCUCCCCUGCAUCAGAUAUAUUGCGGCUGUAAAGAGACAGCACAACUAAAACUAAUUUUCUAGAGUACCUGGACAGCUCCAUUUGUCUAUCCAUGCGCACUUUGAGCUCUUCAUUUUCUUGUUGGAGUUUUUGCGUUUUUUCUAACAACGCCUUGUUGAUCUCCACCUUGGAUAAAAUGCACAAAUUGAAUAUAUUUUUACUAGAUACAGAGGUAAGGAUGGCUAACUAACUACACUUCAAUGACACACAAAUCUAAUGGAAGCUUUUUCAAUUAGUUUGUUAUUCAACAAAUAGUCUUUUGUCAUUCAUUCACUAAGAAAAAAUAUACCGGAUUGUAUUUCUGCUCCAGUGACAUAUCUAUUUUCCAGAUAAAUUUAGAAAAAAAUUGAACAGCCUCUUGCUUUUUCCUUCCAGAUUUGUAUAUUUAGCCAUACCAGUAAGACAUAGAAGUUAACUGAACUACUGUAGAACCAACAAUGAAAACAGUAAGUCUUUUAAAUAAACAAAACUAUAAUGGAUAA